UGCUGUUUCUUCAAUUCCUACUUUGCAGGCAUACUCUCCUUCUCUUUGGGCAUCUCUCUCUCUCUCUCUCUCUCUCUCUCUCUCUCUCUGCUUUCUUUCAAAGCUCAGAUUUCUCUCUCAAAUCACCCCCGCGAUUCAGAUGGCCAUGCAGGAAGGAAAUCCUGCCGGCACGCCUAGUGCUCAACUUGUUGGAAAUGCUUUCGUUGAGCAGUAUUACCAUAUUCUUCACCAAUCGCCGAAUCUUGUGCAUAGAUUUUAUCAAGAUUCAAGUUGUUUAAGUCGGCCAGAUGUGUAUGGCAACAUGACAACAGUAACAACCAUGCAGGCAAUCAAUGAGAAGGUCCUAUCGCUGAAUUACGAGGACUAUACAGCAGAGAUUAAAACUGCAGAUGCUCAAGACUCUUUUGAGAAAGGGGUCAUUGUACUGGUAACUGGAUGCUUAACCGGAAAGGACAAUGUGAGAAGGAAAUUCACACAAACCUUCUUUCUAGCUCCACAAGACAAAGGUUACUUUGUCUUAAAUGAUGUUUUCAGAUAUUUUGAGGACAAAGAGUUGCAAAACUCUGUUCCAGUUAAUGGCAUCAGUGAACAGGCUUCAACACCUGCCUUGGCACCAGAGCCAGAGCCAACUCAUGACAAUCUUGCGGAGGAACCAUUAACUUGCCUGGAAGAUGAAAAUAUUAAUAAUGGUGAUGAGGUUGACCCUUCAGACAAGGAGGAAGGAUCAGUUGUUGAAGAAGAAGUUGUUGAACCUCAAAACAUUGCAACUCAUAGUGAGAGUGUUGUGGCUGUUGAUUCAGCUCCUGCAGUUUUAGAGGAUGCUCCUAAGAAAUCAUACGCUUCAAUUGUCAAAGUAGUGAAAAGUCAUACAUCAUCUACUUCGGUCUAUGUUCCUACCAAUAAUGUGAGGGCGGCAUCUAAAGAACCACACUCAAUUGUUUCUGCAAAUCCUGCUCCAGCCAUCGAGGCAGCAUUGCCUAACAAUGAUAAUGCACCUGAAAGCAGCAAUGACAAUGAGGAAGCUGAAGGACACUCCAUAUAUGUACGGAACUUGCCUUACACUGCAACACCUGCACAACUUGAGGUGGCAUUCAAAAAAUUUGGGCCCAUUAAGCGCAAUGGCAUCCAAGUCAGAAGCAAUAAGCAAGGAUUCACAUUCGGCUUUGUUGAAUUCGAGAAUGCAAGUUCAGUGCAGAGUGCACUUGAGGCUUCACCAAUUACCAUCGGGGACCGUCAAGCUGCUGUGGAAGAAAAGAGGACUAAUAAUCGAGCUGGUAGCACCGGGAGUGGUACCGGGACUGGAAGAGGAAGGUAUGCUUCAGGUAAAGCUGGGUUUCGGAGUGAGAAUUUCAGGGGGCGGGGUAACUUUGGCAGUGGCCGAGGAGGCUAUGGCAGGGGCGAAUUCAGAAACCAGGGAGAAUUUUCAGGACGACCAAAGGGUUCGGGUGGAUGGAACGGAGAUAACUAUCAACGAGUAAAUCAGAAUGGAAUAGGCGGCCGUCAAGGUGCUGCCGAUGUGAAACCAUGAUUCAAUUUCUUCAAAAUUAGCUGAGCAGAUUAUUAUUAUUUUUUGAGGGUAUAAAACAAAGAAAACGAGGGCCAUUAGGAUUCAAGUUGU